AGUCACCGUUUAACGUUGCUGUAAAGUACACGGUUGGGAAAAGAGGAUGCUUUAUUAAACGCUGCGGGGCACUUGUCGAGAAGAGAAUACACAGUAAGGCCCAUCGCCCCGAAAUGUAUGGUGGACAUGUGAUAACGCCGACAGCGCUUUAAACCUUAUCCUGCCCCAUGUUAGCUUUGAACGUGGUUGGCUAACGUGAACCUGCCUGUGGCCAGAGAUUGUUGUUGGGAUCAUGAUGCACCAUGUGUCCAUGCGCUCUAACCCAAAGUCACGGAAAACAGCUCUUGCUGCUUGGACAACCUGGAUGUCCUGGAGGUUCAGUGUUCGUUCAACUACAAGUGGUUCAUCUUCUGGCCCUGAUUCUCUGCACAGAACUCAAGAACUCUCCUCUGAUUCAUGUGAGAAGCCUCCACACACACCUGUGAUGCUAAAAGAGGUGCUGCAUUACUUAGACAUCCAUCCUGGGCAGGUGGUCCUGGACAUGACAUUUGGAGGUGGGGGGCAUACCAAGGAAAUACUGAAUACCAUUCCUGAAGUCACUGUCUUGGCUCUCGAUCGGGAUCCUGCAGCAUUCUCUUUGGCCCAACGAUUAGCCGAGCAGCACUCUGGUCGACUGCAACCGUUGCUUGGCCGUUUCAGCGAACUUGAGGCCUUGUUGCUCAAGAUGAAGAUUAAGCUGGGUGGUGUCGAUGCUGUCCUCUUGGAUGCAGGCUGCUCCUCCAUGCAGAUGGAUCAGUCAGAGAGAGGCUUUUCCCUCAGCAUGGAUGGUCCCUUGGACAUGAGGAUGGAUGGAGAGAGGUACCCCAACAUGCCCUGCGCUGCUGACGUUGUGAAUGCCUUAGAUCAACAGGCUCUUGCGUCCAUCCUCACUACAUACGGGGAGGAAAGACACGCCAGGAAAAUAGCUUCAGCCAUUGUGGAGGCACGCAGUGUCUACCCCAUCACCCGGACGCAGCAGCUGGCCAGCGUGGUGGCAGGAUCAUUUCCCGCUGCUGCUAUAUAUGCACGCAAAGACAAACUCCAGCGACCCUCGCACGUGGCUACAAAGACUUUCCAGGCACUGCGUAUCUUUGUGAAUGACGAGCUGAAUGAACUGCAUGCAGGUCUGUGUGCCGCCCAAGCAUUUCUGAGACCUGGAGGACGUCUCUGUGUACUUACCUUCCAUUCUCUAGAAGACAGGCUGGUCAAACGCUUCCUCAAGGGGGAUGACUUGUCCACUCUGCAUCAGCGUCGCUUUCCCCGGAGGAAGAGAGGAGAAGUGGGGGAAGAGGUGGAGGACAGAAAAAAAGAUGGACAGAAUGUUCACUGGAUUCCUCUGCGAAGAAAAGUGAUUGUCCCACAAAUGGAAGAUGUGAAAGAGAACCCACGAGGACGUUCAGCAAAACUCAGAGCAGCACUCAGAUGCUAAUUGAGGGGCUUUAAACCCUCGGUCACUUUUCAUUAAAGACAGUUUGAGCUAGUCUGUAGGUAGAUUCACUUGUGCAGUGAACAUUGAAUGUACGUUUAUGAACAGGUGGCCUUUGAUGUGUAAAGUGUUUUCACUGCAUUUAAGCAAUAUGACACGAGAGGAAGUGCUCUCUUGAGUGUGAUGUUUUUGUACAACAGUUCUACAAACUAAGUCUUUCAUCAAAUAACGGUAAUUAGACUCAACAGUUUAUGAUUUGCUCUUUUAAUCAUUUUUUUCAGCUCCACCAACACAAGUACUUUUGUCAGAAAUUAGGCAGCUUAACUGGACACUGUAGCUCCCCGAUCCGUUCCUCCUGCCCAUCGGCCUUGUGCAUGUGCAACAGAAAUUUGAUCUGCUAAAACCCUCAAUAAAAGAGUGAAAACCUAAGCCUGUUAGCUAGAAAUAGCAUUGCUUUCAUGUGCUUAGCAAAUCAGACGCAGCAGGGAUGUUCACUGUUUUAUUGGCACAGCCAUAAAACAUGCAACUAAAUGGCUUUGUUUUUUGUUUUGUUUUUUUGUUUUGUUUGUUUGUUUUUGGUUUUUGUGUGUGUGUGUGUGUGUGUGUGUGUGUGUGUGUGUUUUGUUCGUUUGUUAUUUGUUCGUUUGUUUUUUUUUUUAACUAUGGUCCAUUGAGGAGCAUUUUCGUAACGUGACCGAUGGGGCAGGAGGAAAGUUACAGAUCGGGUAGUGACAAACCCGACCGACCACAAGCUGGAUUGCCCAGACGGUUUCCAAAGUAUUGUCUGCUUUACGUUCUUGCCCUGAAAACUGCAUGGAAAGCAGCACAUCCUCAGCCAAAACCAAAACCAAAACCACAGCCUGGGAGGCAGCGCUGCCAGUCAGCAGUGGGGGCAAAAGCAUUGGCUUCCACACCUCUGUCCUGCCACAUGUCGUCCUCUGAUCACAAGUCACAAUUUAACUCCAUUUAUUUUUCUAAACUGUCCAUUUUUGUGCCGACACAGUGCAUUGUUGAAACAUAGAUCCUGGAUGUUAAUGCAGUAUUUAUCAAACAGUUACCACUGAACAGUAGUAAAGCAGAGUGAUACAUAAUAGUAAAACACCAGGGUGCUGUUAUACUGUAUAUCAGCACUCAUGCAACACCUCUUAUCCAAUCAGAUUGCAACACCGGACCUAAACUGAAGUAUAAUCCCUGUUAUCAGUGAAUACAUUUUAAUAAUUUAUUUUGUUUUCAGAAAAUAAAUGUUACUUGGGUAUAUUAAUCUUUUAAGUUACUACAUGCAGAGUUGUAAAAUAAAAUAGGUUAUACAAAUAUGAAUAGUCACUUGAUGAACAGCAGAUAGCAUAAAAUAAAUUCAGAUUUGUACUCCCUCUAACUACUGGCCAAUACUAGCUACAGUUAGAGUGUGGGUGCCACCAUACUAACUAGAAAACUAGAACAGACGUUCAUGAUGUUCAAAGUUUACUAUGCUAUAAAAGUUAUAUUAGUUUUCCAGAAUGGGGAAUUUUACAUUGAAUUAAAAUUCUAAUGGUUCUAAAUCCCACAGUUUCCUUGAGAUCUGCUGAAAUCUCUGUCCUGACUCACAUCCACAGCUGUGGGAAAAGAAUUGGUAUGAGUUGUGCAUGUGUGUGUGUGUGUGUGUGUGUGUGUGUGUGUGUGUGUGUGUGUGUGUGUGCGCGCGUGUGUAAUACCAACCCACAUUGCCCUUCACACCACAUCUGUGUAAGCAUUUUUUGUCUUGCCCAAAUUUGAUGUUGUAAAAAUCUUUGAUUAGAUACAGCACUGUAUUGGUGCUGCUAAAGUACAGCAUUGAAUAUGUUCACAGUUGUCAGGAUUUACACACUCAUGAGUUCUUCAGUUGAUGUUUUAGUGAAACCCGUCCCCACUCAAGAGUAUUAAAAUCACAAUUUCUGAGUGGUAUUCAAAUAUUGUUGAUAACCUGGCAGUAGUUUUGUAUAGUAAACUUUUGUUUUUUGUAUUACCAGCCAUCAAGGUUUUGCUCUUUUGCGUGUAAAGUGAAUUUAUGCUCAAUAAAUAAAUAAAUAAAUAAAUAAG